AUGAAGUUCGCAUCACUUUUGGUAGGAGCGAGCCACGCCGUGCCACUGGAAAACACUGCGAAUAAGAUCACAGCGGACAAACUGGACGAAGUGACUAUACUGAAGAGCGGUGAUGCCUUUACCGUUUCUGGUUCGUUCGAAACAAAAGGCGGAAUCACCGCUGCAUGCUCAGCAGAGUGGGCACUAUCACUGCAGGUCGCCAUUGAUGGUGAUCGAAUCUUGGAGGCCCAGGUCGACAAGGGCAACUUCAAGUACCGACAACUCUCGUCCUUCGAAGAACUGCUCCCUUACGGCAUAGCUCACAUUAAAAUCGAUGAAUGCAGCAGUUUGUUAGAAGGACCCGAUGGAACAGCCCCAGCCUGUAGCAUUGUAACAGACAGCACUAAAGAAGUAUUCACUUAUGAAGUUGGAAUCGAAGGACUUACUGUGGACGAUAGUGGGAAAGAAAUCAGUCUCCAGUGGAACUGUGACACUGAGCUAGAAAUCCAGCCGACAAUUCUUGAGGUCUGGCAAGAAGGAGAACUGACGCAGAGCAUCGGCACAACUGAUCUCUCUUCGGACAUGAAUGCCACUAUCGUCGCUGCCUGUGCCAUGCAGAAUGAACUGCCAAAAGCAAACGACAUUACGUUCUCUAUCGGCGGCUUUGAACAGGUUGUCGAAGUAGAUGAGAAUGGAACCGCACAACUGAAUGUUACCGGAUCCGACUUGCUCCAAUACGGCGGAAAGAAUAUCCACGACCAACCUAUCACGUGUAGUGCCAGUCAAAUUGCGUCUAAUGGUGCUCUGCUUAAAUCUUACGAUAUGACCUCCAUUGAAAGCGUGGAAUUCCGCUACCCAACAACGUACGCCAGAAUUAGUGUUGAUGGCGUGAAAGAAUACCAAUCAAAAAGCUAUCUGGCAAAGGGCUCACAAGCAAAGGUCAGCUGCGAUGCUGAUGGAUUCCCCAAACCUGAACUAGAUCUUACUGCAAAUGGCCUCGACCUCAACAAUAACGUUCUGACUGAGAAAACCGAUUUCAAAUGUGUUGCCAAUGGUAUUGAAGAUGUCCAGACUGUGGACAUUUUCUACCUCGAAGACGUCCAAGUUGCGCACGAUGGAAAAACUGAUGAAGAGCCACUUUAUGAAGGGCGCGAUGUAACGUUCAGCUGCAGUGCUAGGUCGAAUCCCCCGGCGUCUUUCAGUCUUGUCAAAGACGGUCAAGUCUUUUCGGACCAUGGCGAGCGCGAUCACACGAUCGAGGCCGUGAGCGGAAUCUUCACCUGUGCCGCCUCCUUGCCUCCGGUGUUCGGAAUCAACAAUGUAGAAUCAACUGGAGCGACAAUCACCGCCGAACCAGCACCCGAAGAAGGAUCCGGCCGUGCAAUCAUUAUCGUCUCCAUUGUCAUCAUCGUUGUCUGCCUGAUCGGUGCUGUUGGCUUCUUUGUGUGGAAAAAGAAGCAGGCUGACAAGGGCGAGGAAGUGCCGCAAGACGAAGAAGACGCUCAGGACGAUGCCGAAGAAUGA